UUGACUUGCUUUCGAUUAUAUGUUGUUUGUGUUCAAAUUAUGUGUGGAUUAAUGAACUAUGGUAACUGGUUUGUUUGACUUGAGUAGUUUAUGUACCUAGUAUCUCAUAUCUUGGCUUAGGUAAGCCACUUGUUAUCUAGAACCAAAGAGAUCCACUGGCCAGUUAUGAUGCAUGGUUGCCAAAAAUUAUAUAUGAGAAACAACCAUUCAUGUCUACUGCAAGCUGCCAUGCCCAGAUAUGAGAUGAAGGUGGCCUCUAGUGGAAGGAACCACUUAUUUUGCAACUGCUCACUACAAUUGUACAUAGAGAUCGAUCACCAACAUUUGUGGUUCUAGCUGUGUUAGUGAAGCUUAGUUUUUUUUGGAAUGUAUUUGGCAGAUGUGGUAGCAUGCCGUUGCUCCUUGUUCAACCAAUAAUAGGAAGAACUUCGACUAUAAGGUUGGUUAUACGAAUGGUGUAUACCAUUUGUACAAAAAGAAUGUUUCCCUCUGAUUUCACCUGAUAUGUGUUUAAUCCUCUUCCUUUUCCCUAUUUAUUUGGCACUGUCCUUCAAAUAACUUUGCCAAAAAAAAGGACUGGUAUAAUAUAUGGUCUAGUAUUUAUGCAGAAAUAACUAUGGAUUCAAAUAGUAUUUAUCUAGCUAGCAUGUUUGAACAGAUGACAGUUGUUUCUAUUUUUAUAUGCUGUUGUUUCCAUAUGACAGCUAGCUAGCACUAUUUUACUAAUAAAUAAUAUUAUAUCUAUAGUAGAAAAUGGAUUCUUGGGAGGAUCAAGUUAGAAGAUUCAUGUUAGAUGAGGAAGAAGAGGAUGACGAGCUAUUUCUAGUUAUGGUCCCUGCGCUUCAAUUGUGCAUGUACGACGAGAAGAUGCCAGAGCACACCUCAUCUCUAUCUGGGGCACAAAGGGUAAAAGAAAUUUUAGAAGGUCAUGAGAGGUGGUGCAAAGUGGAAUUUAGGAUGGAGUCUCAUAUUUUUAGAGCAGUAGCACAUUUUCUCAGAGUGGAGAAUUUAUUAUGUGAUACCCGUGGUGUUAAGAUUGAGGAGCAGUUAGGAAUGUUUAUCUUCAUGCUCUCUCAUAAUGCUAGCACCGAGAGGCUAAGAAAGAAAUUCCAACAUAGUAGAGAGACAAUACAUCGGAAAAUUACGGAGGUCUUUGAUAUAAUUCCAGCUCUCACUCGUAGAUUUGUGAAGCUGCCAAAUGUAAACCAGACUCAUGUCAAGAUUGCUUUUGAUCCUCGAUAUAUGCCUUUCUUCCUUGUUAGUAAUAGGUAUUAAAUAUUUGCGCUAAUCACAACUUCACAACACAUGGUUCCAACACUCAUUCCUUGGAUUUCUUUUCUUUUCUUUAAU